GACGACAGUUGUCACUAGUUGAUGUUUGAAAGUGUGGAUUGAGAGUGCUUAAGGCACCUACCUCAGUUGGUAGCGUUGUUUGUUUCCCUUCUUCCAUAGUCAACGUCAGGAAGAUCACUUGAGUUUUGAUCUUGGUAGGAUUGCAUCGAGAGUGCGUUUGAGCGAAGUAAGUCGCAGUUAGAAUACCCUGGUUAUAUUUCUCGAAUACGAUUUUAAGACGAGGAAUUACAUAUAAAGUACCAUGUCUGGUGAAUCAGGCAGCACAAGCCCUCCUUCCUUGCGAGAAAGCUUCAUGCGUCUUUUAGAGAGUCGCAAAGAUUCUAUGGACGUUCUUGGUGAAGAAUUAGGAAUAAAUACAACACAAUGCAAGGGAGUCCGUGAGGUUGUUGCCACUUUUGAAGGAGAUGGCCAAGAACUUUCACUGGACAAAUGGAGGUCCAUAUUUCAGAGCCUUGGAUGUUUGGAAGUAUUUGAAAAUCUUUUGGCACAAGAUUCAUUGCAUGUUGCAAAAAGUUUGGAUAAUUGUCCUCCAAACGAUGUCAGUAGCAAGGCUGAAGAGAGUCUUCCGAAGAAAUCAGAAGAAUCGAGACAACAGAAUAUCAAUCCUGCUGAUGGGCAUUCAAUUUCAACUCUUCCUGAAACUGAAUUGCCAUCCAAGCCAGGAGAUGAUGUAUUGGUCACUUGGAAGACAAGCACUGCCCCAGUUGUUUGCUCAGGAGUGAGUUUUUCACCUCCUCUGGAAGAUAAACCAAGUACUGACAUUUUGAAGAGCACUAGUAAGGAAGUCAAAGGUGAUGGAGAAAAACAUCUACAUCCAUUUGUUGUAGCUGCACGAGGUAUGGUUACAGGGCAUCAGUUCCGCCCAAACAAUCCAAAAACUGUUCAAGCCAAUGUUGUCUUUCGAGAUGGGCAGAAGAUCUUGGAAAACAGCAGUCUGUUAUGCGGUGGGUUUUCACCACCAUUACCUGAGGCGAGUAGCUCAGCAACUGCAAGUCAACUUGAUUGUAGUCUAAACUCUGAUGGUAGAGGUACAAGACCUGGAAUGGUUUCUCCUGAUUUAGCAAAUUUCCAGUCACCACUUGAAGAAAAUCAGGGAUUACAACCAAGCAACCAUAUGAUUGAUCAAGAAAAUGCUGAGGACCAUGAUGGGCAAGAUCUUCUGCAGGCCACUCCAUCAGAAAAAUGUGGCAUAGAUGAAACAGAAGACAGCAGUUCAUCAUCACAGAGUGACACAGAGGUUAGUUUGUCUUCAGGCGACUCAACCACACCAUCACGCCCAGUUACUCCUGAAGCAGUAAACUCUCCUCAACUUGGUCAAUUACAUCCAAAUAAUGUAAUAACUGGUGAAGCAAUUGCUGUGAAUCAUGACAGGCUAGUUUUGCCUGGAAACAGGGGAAUGCCUUAUGACCCUCAAUUUUUAGUAGCUUCCAAUGCUAUUAGAUUACCAGCUGUACCUUCAAGGUCUGUAGUGCAGGAUCAUGUGGGCCAAUACACAUAUGACCAAGACGAAGCAGAAGUGCAGAGUGACCCAAAUGGGAGUUUGUCUUCAGAUGACUCAAGGACACAAUCAAGAACAUUUUCUCCUGAAGCAGAAAAUUCCCCACAACUUUACCAAUUGCAUUCAAACAACCUAUUGACUGUUGAAGCAAAUACAGGUGUGAAUCAUGGUGAACCAGGCUGGGGAAUGCCAGUUGAUUCUCAACAGUCAUCAGCUGUGCAUACAGGGUCUGCCAUGCAGGAUCCUGUAGGCCAAAUGCACCAGGGUAUGGCUUGGGAUGUAUGCAACACAGAUGAAGAGGAAAACAGCAGUUCAUUGUCACAGUGUGACACAGAUGCAAGUUUGUCUUCCCAUGACUCAUCCGCAGGGGCACAACCAGUUGUGCCUCAAGCAGCAAAUUCUCCAUUACCACUGGUUACAGAUCAUCACUUAAUAGAUGCAAACAAUCCAGUGGCUGAUCAAGCAGAUGCCCCAGGUCAAGCAUUUGGUAAUCAACCAUCAGAAAAUGAUGAUGAAACUCAGCACAUGAAUAUUCAACAGGUUUACCCUUUACAGUUUGAAGACAUUGCACACCUGAUUCAGAAACUACGGAAGAAGUGUACAAAACUUGAGGCAUGCAAGCAAGACCUACAGUAUUGUAGACAGCAGUGUGCUCAGCUUCAGGCAACCAUUGAUGAGUAUGAAAGACUUUUGGAUGGCAGCAAUCAUUUACAACAAGAAAAUCAGCGUCUGAUAAGGAUGACUGAAGAGAUGUGUGAACUGAAAGAUCAGGAGAUUCAGCAACUCAGGCAGUUGUGUGAACAGAAAGACCAGGAUGUUGAAACACUUUCAGCGCAAAAUGAAAGUCUUAGAGGGGAGUAUAUUCAGGUGCUUCAUGAAUUGGACCGGAGAAAUAACAGUUUUCAGCAGCAAAUGGAGAGUAUAACGAGGGAACGUCAAGAACUUUCUGAAGUGGUUGCACAGUCACAACGUGAACUUUACGCGGAACGUGAGAGUUUGUGGCUUGACAAUGACAGGUUGUUAGAUCAGAGGAUGACAGAUGAAGUGAAAAUACUGCAACAGGAACUUGACGGAGAAAAACGUAAAAGGAUAGAAGCCGAGAAGCGCAGCAGAUGUCUGUUUGAGGAAAAUUGCCAGCUGAAAGCAAUGGUGAAAGAAUUGAUGUCAAGGCCAGCCGAACUUGCAGAGGUUUCUUGUAAUGCCCUAUCUCCUGAUACAGUGCAGGAGAAUCUUGUAUCAAGCAGCAAUGACUCGACUGUUGGAGAAGCUGAUGAGGAGAGUGAUGAAGACGAAGAAGUUUUCGAGGAUGCCCUGGAUCAUUCAGAUCUGGAGAGAAAGUUUUAA